CGAGCCGAAAGCUUCCCUUUUUCCAAUACCUUCAUCCGUUUCUAUACACAUACUUGACAACCCACAAAAUGGCCGAGAAGGUUGCUAAGAAGGAGGGUGGCAAGAAGGGCGUGGACAUUUGCGGCAUGUCCGAUAUGGGUGGUGUUAAGUUCUUCAACGUUGUCCUGGAGAGCGCCAACGGCGACCUGGACCUCAUCUCCGCUGUGCUGGAGGGCAUGAACGCGCCCGUUGAUGAGGCCGCUGAGGAGCGCAAGGGCGGUGCCGGCCACCUGGGCAAGAUGCUCCUGUCCGCUGGUGACAAGACCGUUGCCCUGCUCUGCAACAUCCCCGCUGAGCUGGCUGAGCAGUACCCCCACGUCAAGGCCUCUGCUUGGAUGGACAAGCUGGUUGAGGCUGCUGGCGGCAAGGUCGUCAAGCGCGAGGACUCGGAGAACCUGAUUAAGGUCCUGAUUGAGGGUGACUCCGAGAAGGGCCUGUUCCCCCUGAAGAUGCGCGAUGCCGCCCAGACCUCUGGGUUUGCCUUCCUGCGCGAGAACGGCCUGAUCCCCGAUGACGACUCGGACGAUGACUACAUCCCCGACCCCGAGGCCGCCGGCAUCGAGUGGUAAACGGCUCUUCGAAGCUGCAGUACCUCUCGUACGGCCGAUCUUGUACGGCAGUUGCCAACAACAGCAGCAGCAGCAGUGGAGCGUUGCAGCAGCGUUCCAUGCUAGCGCACGAACAGUUUGUUUGCUGGAGUAUGCGAAUGGUGUGGGGGGCCUGGUGAACACGCUUGCUAUGCUGGGCGGGUGGGUCUAGGGACACCGGGGACCCAUGGGCCACACAACAGUGUACGCUAAAUGUUGCGCACCUAACAUUUUGGGUGAGGCCUUUCGGUGUCUUCCUCUUGAAGCCGGCGCCUAUGUGCUGCGGAUAUCGUCAAGGAGGUCUGUUGGGGUUUGUCGCCCAUGCGCGUGCGUGUUUUGCCCGGCAGUGUGACGUCGUUCAUUAGCCUGGUCUACUUCCUUAGGAGGCCAUUUUGGGAACAGCUGGCUGCCGUCGUUGUCCUUUCUGGUGCAGAUUGGCGACGUAGGUGGUUCGUUAAAAGGCGAUGACGACGAUUGGGGCGGGAUAUGGGUUGGUUUUGCAGCUGGUUUGCAUCAACUGCAUGCAGGCAACAUGACGCCUGCAGCCCCCCAUUCGGCAGGCUAAGUUGGGCUUGCAAUUGCCGGACGAACCCUCACGCGCGUGUGGUGCUCGGUCUCUUGCGCCUGGAGACCUCGGGCCCAGAGACGUGUAAAGAAGCGAUGAAGUUCAUGGUUGGCCUGGACUUCGUGAAACGCGCAUUUAGCUGUGAUGGGCGUGUCGUGCACUGUUCAGCUCAAAACAAUACACAUGCAACCGUAUGCAUGCAACAGUAUUUUACCUUCGG